GCUGAGUGGAUGAGAGGACACACACUGGAGAAGGAGGAGGAGGAGAGAGGAUGCCUCCUCUCUGUCUGCCUCUACAGCAUCCCCAACCUGAGAGAGAACACACAGCGCGAGCAUCGCACUCAUCCUGCAGCCACUCCAUCCGUCUCUCUUUCUCCUUCCACAGUCCUCUACACACGUUUUCAUCUGCAGCUUGCACGAUAUCGCAUAUGGAACACCACAGUAUAUAAGGAAGACCGAAAAAAAAACAGGAAUCAAAACAAGACCAGGUUCAAUCAUGGUUCCUGCGUUCCUGCAUUUUUGCGGCGGCUGUGACAGAAUGGUCACCCCUCCAGAAGAACCCAUCAUUACGUGAUCAUAUACACGAGUGCACCAGUGACCGCAUGCCUCAGCGAAGAGCUUCCCUAAAAGCAGGAACUCUACGUGGAGUGCUGAGGGGAACCUCACAGCGCUUUGAUUCAGAGACCCGGUUUCCUGAUUAACAGCUGGAAUGCACUCUCUUUCGCCAAGUCUGAGUGUUUGAGAGCCUCUGAGAGAGCCGAGCCCUCAAACACCUGCAGCAGCGCUCUCCUAUACCAGCAUAGGUUUAUUUAUGAAUGAAUGAGGAAUGUUCGUGCAGAGAAUUCCGCAGAUGAGAGCAUUUAGCGAGGCAAUUCCGAUUGGCCGCGAGCUUUGCCAAAAAGGCUUCAGCUGCCUGAUUUUUUGAUGGGUUCUUGAGACCCUAUGUGAGCGAAUUGAAGCGCCAACCCCAAGGACUCAGCUGUUGCUUUAACUUUACUCAGUCAAGGACACAUCUGGUGGAUAAAGGAUUAAAAUAAACACUCUGUCCAUUAGAACAUCUCUUUUUGAGAGCUAUGUAAACUCUAACAAAACAUUUGUGUUUUUUUCUAGAAAGAAAAAAGAUCAAUCAAAAUAUAAAUAUACAUUUGAAAAGUUUAAGUGGAGAAAUGUUGGUGAACUGACUUGACUGAAACAGUCCGAAACGUGAAAAAGACAAGGCAAGACAAGACACAAGAAGAAUUUGUGCAGUGAACCCACACGUAUAUACACACCAGUGCAUAAACUCAAAAGACACACAGUUAUAUUGUGAGCACACAUGCCCAGAGCAGUGGGCACCCAUCGUCAUUACACCCAGGGAGCAGUAAGGGGUUAAGGUCAACAGUGGCAGCCUGCCAAACCUGGAUAACGAACCCAACAGCCUUGUCGCCAAUGGCCUGAUGCCAUUGAUCUAACCCCUGAGCCACCACUGGUGAAAAAAUGGAAGACCUAGCAGGAUAUAAUAUAACUGAGGAUGCUUUGUUCUCAACAAGUAUCCCUACAUUCAAUUCCACUGCAGAUUAUGAAGACUUUGAGCCAGAAUCAGACGCCAGCAAGAUCAUCAUCCCCUCCAUUUACGCGCUCGUCUGCUGCGUAGGCAUAAUAGGCAAUGCCAUGGUCAUCUACGUCAUCCUCAAGUACGCCAAGAUGAAAACAGCCACCAAUAUUUACAUCUUGAACCUCGCCAUUGCCGACGAACUCUUCAUGCUGAGCGUUCCUUUCCUGGCGACGUCGGCCGCGGUGCGCCACUGGCCGUUUGGAUCGCUGAUGUGUCGGCUGGUUCUUAGCGUGGACGGCAUCAACAUGUUCACCAGCAUCUUCUGCUUGACAGUGCUGAGCGUGGACCGCUACAUCGCUGUGGUUCAUCCGAUCAAGGCUGCGAGAUAUCGACGACCUACUGUUGCAAAGGUGGUAAACGUUUGCGUGUGGGGAUUAUCGCUUCUGGUCAUUUUGCCGAUCAUAAUUUUUGCGGACACAGUUCCAGCACAGGACGGAGGGGUGGACUGCAACUUUCUGUGGCCCGAGUCUUCGUGGUCAGAGGCUUUUGUGGUCUACACCUUCUUGCUAGGGUUUCUGCUGCCUGUGGUGGCCAUCUGCCUCUGCUAUUGCCUGAUCGUGGUGCGGAUGCGAGCGGUGGGGCUAAAGGCGGGUUGGAUGCAGCGCCGGCGCUCCGAGAAGAAGAUCACGCGCAUGGUGCUGCUGGUGGUCGCGGUUUUCGUUCUUUGCUGGAUGCCUUUCUACAUCGUCCAGCUGAUUAGCGUGUUCCGCCAACCGCCGGACCCCAUGGUGACUCAACUCUUUGUGAUUCUAAGCUACGCCAACAGUGGAGCUAAUCCUAUCCUGUACGGAUUUGUGUCGGACAAUUUCCGCCGCUCCUUCCAGCGAAUCGUCUGCUUCCGCUGGUUGGAGAACGGGCUGGACGUGGAGCAGGUGGACUACUAUGCCGUGGCCCUGCGUCGGCAGACAACCUGCGGUCCACAGGACUUCCCCAAGGAAUGCUUAGCUUCCGAUAUGGUGUUUCGCAAUGGAACGUGCACCUCUCGUACGACCACCUUGUGAACUCUUUUGUAUUUUGUAUUGUUCAGUGGCUAAAUGAGUGACUAAACCAGAAGGUUAAGUUAGAUUUGAAUUAGGCUUGAGCUGAGAAACAGAACAAAAAGACUUAUAAAUUGGAAAAACCAUGCACCCAUGCUUUGCUUGCUAGUUACUAAAAAUACACUGUACAAAAAAAGUAUGUAGCUUAAAAGCUGAGGUUGGGGUACACAGAACUUUUGUUAGCUUAUUAUCUUAUUAUUCGAAAUUAUUUAUUACCCACGAUUGCUAGCGAUUGUAAGCUAAGACUGCAAUUUUCUACAGUGCAUGCUGAUUGGUUGUAAGCUAUAUUUUUGUAUAGUCAUCUUGACUUAACUGAGUUGAAAGCCUAACUGAAAUUGAUGUGAACACAAACAAACUUGUUUUUAGUUGUUGUUGUUGUUAAGCAGUACCCACCAUUUGGGAGUUCAAUUUUACACGAUCUAAAUAUUUAAUUGCUGAGUGCUUUAGCAUUUCACUGCUAUCAUGUCACGUUUGUCUUGUUUGAAACCACCCAAUGUGUUGUACAUUGUUUAAUUGUAUAUAAACAGAAUGAACAGGCUAUAUGUUUCUGAGUCUAAAGUCUGACUGUGCUUCAAAUAUUUGUAAUG